AGCAACUUCCAUGCUCUCUGAUGUCCAGAAGCAAAACGGUCCUGUCCAGCAUGGGGCACAUUUUCCAGAGAAACCGUAUUUGCCAUCUCACCCUCCUCCUUCUUGCAGUGGUCAGUGUAGCAGCUGAGGGAGGACGAUCUGAAGAGCCUGAAGGGGACGAUGCCUUCCCUCCACUAUGGCAACUUGCACCUGGAAACUUAGACGAUUACCCCACACAAGAUAACAAAAUUGUCAUCAACCCCUGGAACUACUUAGCAAGAAUGGGAGCAUAUAAGAUAUUGCUUAAUUUCACGGCUAAAUAUUUCACUAUGCUUGGAUCCAGUAAUGCUGACAAUAUCCUAUGGGGACUGCCCUUGCAGCAUGGGUGGCAAUACAAAACAGGCAGACUAGCAGACCCCACUAAUGCCACAACAUGUGGUCAUAAAGAUGGAGACAAUUUGUGCAUAUCCAUACAGAGCUGGUGGGCUUGUAAUAAUUACUAUCUAGCUAUUAUUCCCUUUCUGGGGGCACUGGAUAGUGGAAUCUUUGGAGAGCUGCCAUAUGAGGUAGAAAUAUUACCACCAAAUGAGCGAAGAGCUGACUUCUGUCACAGCAUUGCUGAAUGCAAUAUCCAGGCACCAAAAGUCAUGUCUGGCUGGAGGGAUUUCUUCAAGUAUCUCUUAUCCACUGCACGGAACUCUGAAACGCCCGCAACCGUUCUCUUCUCACAAGAUAAAGCCCUGGAAUACAUGUGGAAAGCUCAUGUCCUCUCCAUUAAUUUUUCAUUACUAAAGUUUCAAAACCGACUACCAUACUACAAUGGCCCUGAAAGCAGCUUUGCAGAGGCCUGGGGUACUGCAGUUGACUUCAUUGCAGCCACACAUUUUUCUACGGACCAGAACAACGUAAACCAUUUCCAGACUGGAUUACCACCUCGAAUGCUUCUGGAAGGAGACAAAACACUUUUCAUUAGAGACUUCACAUUCACACAGAAUACAGUGCUGUUUCUUCUUGAGGCUCUUUGCAAUGCAAAUAAGAAAACAGGAGGCAUAUUGUUGCUGUUCUGGAAUACAGCCAUGUCGACUGAAAAAGGAAGAGAAACUGGUCGCCAUCUGAUUGAAAGUUUGUUAUAGGAU